ACAAAUGUGAGCAAUCCCUUAUGUGCUGAAGGAUUUGUGUGUACCCAUUACUCAGAUUACAACUUUUCUUUAAACCUCUCCUCUAAUCACCCCAGCCCUUUAGUUAUGUAAGUGACUCCCUAUGGGAGAGCUCCCACUCCCUCAGGGACUGGUAGGUCCGCACAGUCCGUGGCUCGUGACUCAGCCUUCUUGGGGUCAUUUCUCGGACAGCAGAGGGCAGGGGAAGGACCUGAGGUCGGGUCAGAAUGCAGGGUCCUAGUUGGAGAGGUGCGGCCUGGCCCCGGGAGGAGGAGAGUGGGCCGGGUUUGCCCUCUCUCUCCCCUCCCACUCAGGCCGAAUCGCUGCCUCCUUCCCUCGCUCAAUCCCGCAGCUUCGCUCGGCAGCCGGGUGAGCUCUGGCCAGUCGCUCUGUGCAGCCGCCGCAGCGCAGCCACCAUGUACGUCUGCAGGGCUGCCUGGCAGGCGCUAGCCGCUCGCUUGGCCAGCGUGUCCUCCACUGCCACCCUGCUCAGAAAGCGCGCACCUCUUCGCCAGAUGUCAUCUGGCAGCGUCCCUGGCUCUUCUGGGGAGAACCUGAUUUACUAUCUGUUUGCUGGUGUGGCAUGCACUGCUGGUGGAUAUUAUGCCUACAGAACAGUCACGUCAGACAAAAAGAGGUACAACGAACGUAUUCACGCAAUUCAGCAGAGCAAUACAGCUGAGUGGAAACCAAAACCCUGGCCACCCCAGCGUGAUGAACUGGAGACAGCUGAAGACACUGAAGCAAGUGAGCAGGCCACAGAGGCACCUACAGAAGAGGCUGAAGCACUGACUGCUGAUGAAUCUACAGAACAGAAUGAGAGAUCUAUGGUAUCCACAGAAGCUGAAGGGGAAAAAGAAUCACCAGUUGCAGAUGCAUCCUCUGCUGUGGAGGAAGCACAGCAGGAAGCCACUGCUAGCUUGGAGGCUGCCCAAGUGCAAGAAGCUGUGGGUGAAGACUUGGAUGUUGCAGCACCUUCUGCUCAUGAGGACAACAUAGACAGUAUUCAAGAAGGAACAGCCUCAGCAGCUCAAGAGAUGCCCGACCAGGAGGCUGUUGAGGAUGAGUCUGGGCAGGAUUCAGAAGCUUCUUCGGCAACAACGAGAUCUCAAGAAAUUCCUAAGGAUUCUUAAAGUGAGCAACAGUGACACCGUUGAAGAGUUUCACAGAAAUAUGUAUGACAAUCAACCAGCUGACUGAUGUUCUGAAACCUAAUGCUCUUCUUCGGAGAUGUAAAACAAAUCUUGCAGGUUGUUGCACCUAAAACUGCUUGUUAGGGCUGGCAUUUGAUAUUUUGAUCAGUGUUCAUUCCUUACAACAGAGAACCUAACAUGGCGUAGUUUGUCAGAGAGAAAUAAGCUUUUUCAGUGGGUAUGCUCCUCUCUGAAUCAGAGACCCAGCAUACAGUAAUAUAGGUCAAGGUACCAUAUAGUACACACUAAAUAGAUUUACCAAGAAAACAGCAGAUUUAAUUAAAUCCACAGCAGUUUUUCAUUUAAAUCUAGUUGUUUACAUUGACUCCUUACUGGUAUUCUAAGCUGUGAAAGGUGAUUAUAACAUUGCAAUAUUCCACUUUAUCAUCUUAUUUAUGUUUUACUGAAGUAAAAAUAUUCAUGGCCAUAAUCUCAUACAAACUACAUAUAUGUGACUAAUAUUUUUAUAAAAAUAAAAUAAAAUCUUGGCCCCAAGGCAAGUUUUAUAUUAUAAAUAGGAGCAUUAUUGAUAUUUGGCAUAUGGAGCUAUAGAUAAUGAGGCGUUUAUGUUCUUGUUGCGUAAACAUUUUAGAUUUUAUCCUUUUCCUCACGAUUGUACGCUGUCACUAUUAAAUAGAUUGAACUAAACUUUCAGCCAAGCUAUAAAAAACUAUAAUUCAAGACUGGAAGUGCUUGGAGGCAGACAGCAGCGGGGCUUUUAAAGCUCCUGUUUACAAAAUAUAAUAAAAAACAAUCAAACAAAAAAACUCUUGGCAAGGUGUAACAAUAGUUACACCAUAGAAAAAUUACAGAAAAGCUUGAAAAAUACACACAAAACUUAAUAAUAUGGCCAAAGAUGCAUAUUGAUGAUAGUACUAAAACUAGACCAAAAAUAAUACAUAUCAUAUACAAUUUAUAUGGCAACUAUGAAUCCUAAAUGUAGUACUAGCAUUUCUUCUCUAACGCUGAUGGAGAACUCUGAAAAGAAAAUUAAUGUAGUGUCGUUUACAUGUGGAAUUCUUCCUUCCGAUUACAUGCAAAUGUAUCCUCCCUCCCCGACAUCCUACAGCAAGUUAUAAUGUUGUCAAGAUGAAUAUAUGGCCUCAGUCUCCGCACCCUCUAUAAUGUAGGGGCAGAACGGGGCUUCUGAACUUCAAUAAUCUAUACUUCAAACUUUCACUUUAAAACAAUGCUAUUCUGAUUAGAAACAAAUACUAUUCUGGGAAGACGUGUUUUAAAUAAAAGUCUUAAACUGA